ACCUAAACUCGGACUAUUCAACAAAUACAGCCGACUCACGAAGGAAAACCUCUGCCAUCGCAUUCAUCCUCCAAUCGAGUACAACAACGUUUUACUGCAAAUCUUUGACUGCCUUUUGAAUCCUUGGAGAGAGAGAGACACACACACACACACACAAAAACUCUACAGAGAUGGAAGAUCGAAGCAAGAUAUUUGUGAGGGCAGACAUGGUAGACAUUAAGAGGCUGGACAGGCAGCUGGAGGGGCAUCUAAACCGAGUUUGGGCGUUGCAGAACCCGGACAAUAAGGAAAAGAACGUGAGAUCAGCCACCGCCAAAGAACCCUGGGAAAUCGAUUCCGAUAAACUUAUCGUAAAAGAAGUGAUUGGUCGAGGUACGUUCAGCGCCGUCCAUAGAGGGCUCUAUGGAGGCCAAGACGUUGCCGUUAAAGUGCUGGAGUGGAGAUCAGCACAGGGAACAGAUCAGGCUGAAACAACUUUACUCAGAAACGCUGCUUUUAAACAAGAGGUUUCUGUUUGGCAUAAGCUUGAACAUCCUAAUGUUGUCAAGUUCAUAGGAGCUACAAUGGGCACCGACUUCAAAAACCAAGCUGAGCGAAUUGGCAUGCCAAGUAGUACUGCUGCUUGUAUUAUUAUCGAGUAUCUUCCUUGGGGAACUCUAAAAUCUUACCUGAUAAAGAACCGAAAAAGGAAGCUGGCUUUCACAAAGGUCAUACGACUCGCACUAGAUCUUGCAAGAGGUUUGAAGUACCUUCACUCCAGGAAGUUUGUCCACAGAGAUGUAAAGACAGAAAACGUGCUUCUUGACAAGAAUCAUUCUCUAAAGUUAACAGACUUUGGAACUGCUUGUAUUCAGGAUUCAAUUCCUGAUGAGAUAGGUCGUACAGGGACCCUUGGUUACAUGGCUCCUGAGAUGUUUGAAAAUAAACCAUAUAGCAGGAAAUGUGACGUGUACAGUUUCGGAAUUUGCUUGUGGGAGAUGUAUUGCUGUGACAUGCCAUUCCCUAACGUCAGAUUCUCAGAAUUGACUUCGCCUGCUGUUUACAAGAUUUUGAAGCCCGAGAUUCCCAACUGCUGCCCAAGCUCUUUUGCAAAAAUUAUAACGCAAUGCUGGGAUGCAGAUCCCAGAAAAAGACCAGAGAUGGAAGAGGUAGUAACAAUGUUGGAAGCCAUCCAAACUUCAGAGGAGAGCAGAAGGCUACGAAGUUGUUUUUCCUUCUGCCACAAGUGAUAGCUUUAAUUAUUUGGACGUUGCAAUUAUGAUCAAGCUAGGAGCAUUGAAGCUUGGGGUUUAUGUUGAGUAUUGUGGAGUCUGGUUCUGACCGCUCUAACGGAGGAGCUAAACAAAGAGUUUGCGCAAGAUGUGUUCGACAGGGAGCUCAAGCAGAUGCGAUACAGAGAGUUAACUUGACACUUGCUCAACAUGCC